UCAGGUAGGCGUGUGUUUUUCUGCAGUCAGGGCAAAAUAAAAGAAGAACCAGUUCUUGGGGAUCUGGUAGUGCUCGUUGAAGGCUUGUUGAAUGAUGGCUUGCCGAGUUGAGGAGGAUCUCCAAUGUCCGUCUUGUUUGGACAUCUUUAAGGAUCCCGUCUUACUGGCGUGUAGUCACAGCAUCUGUCGUACAUGUGUGGAGAAAUGGUGGAAGGACAAAGACAGUCGGCCGUGCCCAGUCUGUAGGACGGAGUGCAGAUCGAUGGAGCUCCCUUUGAACUUGGCUCUGAGGAACGUGUGCAAGACCUUUUCACAAAUCUCAACGAAGUCGGAGGACAUCUGCAGCUCGCACAAGGAGAAACUCAAACUCUUCUGUUUGGACGACCAGGAGCUUGUGUGCCUCAUCUGCAGAGAUUCAGAAAUCCACACCAACCACCAGUUCCGCCCCGUUGAUGAAGUUGCAAAAGAUAAGAAAAAGAAACUCCAAGAAGUCCUGCAGGACGCAAAGAAAAGACUGAAAGAUUUUAAUGAGAUAAGGGACAACUGCAAUGAACAAUCCGUGUACAUCAAGGUCCAGAGGGAGAAGGUGGAAAGCAAGAUUAAGAAGGAUUUCGAGGAGCUUCGGCACUUCCUGCAGGUUGAGGAGGAGGCCAGGUUGUCUGCUGUGAAGGAGGAAGAGAAGAACAAGACUCAGAUGAUGAAGACGAAAAUGAAGGCUCUCAGCACAGACAUGGCCACUCUCUCAGACAUGAUCAGAACCGCAGAGGAGCAGCUGAUGUCUGACGACCUUUCCCUCAUGAAGAACUUCCAGACUUUGAUGACCAGAAUGCAGAAGCCUUCCGACAAGCCCGAGCAGCUCCCAAGGGGAUUUCUCCUAGAAGAAGCCAAAAACGUGGGCAACCUCAAGUACAGCGUGUGGGAAAAAAUGAAGGAAAUGGUCCCCUACAGUCCCGUCAUUCUGGACCCCAACACAGCCCAUCCAGACCUCAGUCUGUCUGAAGACCUGACCACUGUGAGAUUUGGAAUAGACCAGCGGCACCCAAAGAAUCCUGAGCAGUUCAAGUGGAAGGGUGUGCUCGGUUCUGCUUUGGCUUCGGGAACGCACGUGUGGGAUGUUGAGGUGGGAGACAACACAAACUGGACAGUGGGGAUGCUGUUGGGGGAUCCUUGGCUGCCAAAGACCGUGAAUGCAUGGAUUUUCACAUGUCGUCAUAAAAAAUACAAAAUGUUUGUACAAAAACUCUUGGGUGCUGACAAGGGGGUUACAAUUAGGGGUCCAUGAGCUGGAACGCAUCACAGACUGGACAUUGGUGGAUGGGGGUCCUUUUCUGCCAGAACCCAUGGAAGCAAGGGUGAAUGUUGAGAGAACAAUCACAAACAGGAGAGACCAAAUUGUACGUCAGGCGUUGCCACUCCGAAGAUCCUUUCCAGAGAAAAUGCAGAGGAUCCGAGUUCAAGCAAACACCAAAGGCGGAUCGGUUACAUUCGCCUACGGUGAUAACAUGAAGUUGAACAGUUUCAAUACCUCGUAUAAUGAUAACGAGAAAAUCUUUCCUUACUUUUGGACGAAUGAUGCAACUCCUCUGAAAAUACUUUCACUUGCACCUUGUGUUAUAACUUCCAGAUGAGGUUGACGAUAUUUUGCUCCAGAUUGUCAUCAGGUAUUAUUUUGUUCGACUGACCUGUUCAAUAAACUAUAAAUAAAUAAAGAAAUACAUUUGAGAGAAAA